AUGGCUCCAACAAACCAAAAGGUUAGUAACCAUGUUCCUGAUGAUAUCGUCUUCUCUAUUUUUUCAAAACUACCUUUGAAAUCUGCGAAUAGGUUUACUUGUUUAGGCAAAUCUUGGUCUACUUUAUUUGAAAACCCUUAUUUCAUCAACAUGUUUUACAAAAAUAUUGUUUCCAAAUAUCAUUCACUGUAUCAUGAAGCAUGUCUCCUUCUAAACUAUUUUGAGAGUACUGAGAAUCAAUGGAAGUUGUAUUUGCUUUCCGGUGAGAGAUAUGAGAGUAAAGUUCAAAUGAAGUGGCCUCAUCCUUUUGACAGAAACUAUGGCUAUUAUCCGAAUAUUUUAGGUUCUGGUAUUAAUGACACUCUUUGUAUCUACGAUCGAGAGCAUGAUUCAAUUAUUGAGUUAUGGAAUCCAGCUACCGGGGAAUUAAAUAGUGUUCCUCAAAAUAAGGCUAGGAUGUACUAUGAAUUUGAACCUAUUUUUAAUAUUCAUGGAUUUGGUUAUGACCAUGUUCGAGAUGACUACAAGGUCAUUCAAUAUGUUGUUUAUAUUGGAGGUUGUGAAGAUGAGUGGCAAGUUGCACCGCCCGGUCCCUAUUGGGAUAUAUAUAGUCUAAGAAGUAACUCUUGGAAAAAACUUUAUGUUGAUAUGCCACAACGUUAUUUGACUUCGGAAGGUUCUAUGGUGUACUUAAAUGGGGUUUGCCAUUGGUGGGGAAAAACAUAUCGUCAACCAAGUGAAACAUUUGUGGUGUCUUUUAACCUGGCCACUGAGGUGCCCGUUACUACUCUUUUUCCCUUUGAUUCACACGGUUUAAAACGGUUUGAUAGACACUUGACAAUGUUAAAUGGGUUUGUUGCUAUGAUUGUAACUUAUGCAAAGACCAGUCCUUCUUUCCACAUAUCAAUAUCAGUUUUGGGAGAACCCGGUGUCGAGGAAUCAUGGAUUAAGCUUUUCGAUGUUGGACUCAUGUCCGGCAUCGACCAUCCUAUCGGAGCAGGGAAGAAGGGUGAUAUAUUUUUGAGAAAAGAUGAUGGUGAACUUGCUUGUCUUGAUUUAAGCACUGGAGUAACAGAAAACAUUGGUGUUAAAGCUGAAAGAUUUCAUUCUCAAACAGUAAUUUACAAGAAAAAUAUCAUUCCGACAGGAGGAAUAAGGAAUUAG